AUGGAGCCAAACCAUCAAUUCACGUUCAGGUUACCAAGACGUAUUUUCGUUGGAUCAAUAGUAACACCACAAUCUUUAACCAAAUUACGAUAUAUCAAAAGAGGAAUAAUCGGCGUUGGAACAGCGGGUGUGAUUCGUUUUGUGGAGGAUUUGGAAGAGAUUGAAGCGAAAUUAGAAAAGUCUGGCAAAACUUCACACAUAAGCCAACAUCUAGAUGAAGAUCGAAGUGCAACGCCCGUGAAUGUGCCAAGACACAAGCCAGAUCAUUCUUCACACGAAAGCGAAUCGGCGUUGAUCACGAGCGAUGAAAUGACAUUACCACCACCUGCACUUGGUGAUGGCUAUACCCCAGAAGAGAACAAGAAAGAACAAGAGGCAAUAGAAUACAUUGCACAAAAGCACGGAUGGAAGCUACAGGAUUGUGAGACGGUCUUACUGGGCUCCAACAGCUUCCUUUCGCCGGGUUUUGUGGACACACACGUUCAUGCUCCCCAAGUUCCAAAUUUAGGUCGUGGGCAACAGUAUGAGUUGCUGGACUGGUUGGAGAACAUCACCUUCCCACGAGAGAGAAAAUUUGAAGAUCCACUUUAUGCAAGAAAGACGUACGAAUCUGUCGUACAACGCAUGUUGGAUUGUGGAACAACGUGUGCGGCAAUUUAUGCCACUUUGCACGAAGAAGCAACGAUGAUUUUAGCACAAAUCUGUAACGAUAAAGGUAUGCGUGCAUUUGUUGGAAAAUGUCAAAUGGAUAGAAAUGCACCGGUGGAAUACAAGGAGAAGACUUCUUCUGCUUCUAUGGAAUCUACAAAACGUUUCAUCAACUUCUGUCGAAGUAUGCCUCCGUAUGGAAUGCCAAAGAGUCCUGAAACGGAUCCUAUCAAUUCUUCCGGAAGCGUAGAAAUGGAUCAAUCCAUUGCCAGACUUUCCGCAACGAUGAACGGUAUCUUGCAAGGGGAAGAUGUUCAAGUGCGUUCGCCUGAAGCAUUGCGUCCGAAUGGACCUGCUUCCAAUGCUGAUAGUAGUAGCAUGAGUGGAAGAAGUGACUCAAGCACAAGAGCUACCUCAAUCGCACUGAGAAGCGUUGCAAGUUCCGUACAAAGCCAUGGUCAUUCAAGUCGUACCAGUGUAACGACAAGCGGAGCAGGAACACCCAAAAGAAUGGAAAAUGCAAACGCUCUUGUUCAACCGAUUCUCACUCCAAGAUUUGCGAUUGCUUGCUCUGAUGCUUUGUUGGCCAGUAUUUCGGCUUUAAUGUCUCGUGAUCCAUCUCUUCGUGUUCAAACCCAUCUCUCGGAAAAUCCAGGAGAGAUUGCAUUCACGAAGGAGUUGUUUCCAUUUUGCGAAACAUAUACGGAUGUCUAUGAUCAUUUCUCACUCUUGACUCCGCGUACAAUCCUUGCACAUGCUAUCCAUCUGGAUGAGCAAGAGAUGAAGUUGAUCGCUGAACGAAAAUGCGGAAUCAGUCAUUGUCCAACAAGCAAUCUCAAUUUACGUUCGGGGGCCAGUAGAUUGGGAGAAUUGCUCAAUCGUGGUAUAAAAGUUGGUUUGGGUACGGAUAUGAGCGGUGGUUUUGGAAUGAGUAUGCUUUCGGCUAUUCGUGAUGCAAGUGUGGUUGCCAAAGUGAUUCAAUUCACUCCUUCUUCUACCGAAAAGCCAAAAUUCGAACAAACGAAAGAUCAACAUGAUUUCUGUAAAGGUCCAAUGCCAUUGGCAACGCUCUUCUACCUUGCAACGUUAGGGGGAGCAGAAGUUUGCAAUAUUGCUCAUCGUGUUGGAAGCUUGGAUGUGGGAAAAGAAUUUGAUGCGAUCUUGUUCAACUGUGAUAAUACGAACCCCAACUUGUACAUCGAAGACGAUGAUGGUUUGGAGGAAAAGCUGGAGAAAGUCCUGUUUUGCGGUGACGAUCGUAAUAUCGCCUCAGUUUUUGUGAGAGGCAGAGUGGUAGGAGGCUCUGCACCUAUCGCAUAA